CCUGGGGGGUCUGCCUUAGGUAAGCGGGCCCUGUACCGCAGCCGGCCAUCCAUGUGCUGCAACCCCAUCCUCGCAUAGGUAGAGACACUUGGACUUGUAGACAUGCUCGCCCACGAAUAAAUCUCUCUCUCUCUCUCUCUCUCUCUGUGCUCGCUCCUCCUCUCCCCCUCCCAAAUGCGCAUCCGCAAGGCGCCCGCAGGCGCCUUCGUCGUCCUAUGUCUGCUGUCUGCCUUUGCCGGCCUCGGGCGCCAGCAGCUGCCGCAGUACAAGCAGAGUGACAAGGUCCUACACUUUGUCACCUUCUUCCUCCUCACCGUAAGUCGUGUGCAUGCACCCACGUCAUGGCGCCGAGGUACUAAUUGUAUGCCACAGCUUGCCUUCUACUGGAUCUUAGAAACCAGUCGCCGCCGCGUCCUCCAUCUCACCGCCUUCGUUUGCUGUGUUGUACUCGCCGUUGGCUCCGAAGUUCUCCAAGGCCUCCUACCCAACGACCGUGUCUUCGACCCCUUCGAUAUUGUAGCCAACGAAGUCGGCUGCUUAUGCGCCCUCGGCCUCAGUACCUGGUACCACAAGCGCAUGCUCGAGCGCAAGCGCGCGGCCAAAAACUACAACCUCGUGCCCGGCGAAGACGUCGAUGUGGAGUUGGGCGAAGGUUUGGGACAACAAGAGUCUGGUGUUACUCAUGAUGGCAAUGCAGGCAUGACCGUUGAAGAGGAGUUGGACAACUGGGACGAGAAUGCCGAGGAUUGGGACGCUGAGGAUCCUGAGGGUGCGAACGUGAACGGCAACGGCCACAAUGCCGAAGAAUCUAGGCCUCUCGAGCCGAAGAAGAGGAACGACUGAUGACUGGAAUGUAUGAAGAUUGCUGUGCCGGCAUCUCGGUUGAGAUGCAACAAUUUCCUUUCCAGUAGUUUACUUUGUGGCACUGAUGUUGUUGUUUGUGUAUGAACAUGAGUGGUUUGCUUCUUUUACAUAGGAGGACACUCUGGUCAGGAGGUCCGUUCGCAUUCGAGAAUGCUUACGCUCAGGUGGAAAUCUUCAUCCUAUGAGUAGGAUUUAUGUGCAGCAACUUGUAUCCCGCACUCGACAGUAAGCAAGAUGUAUUAGUUCUUAAUGGUUCGAGCAAUUCCUCCAACAAAAGGUUUGUCGUAAUACUAUAUGCGUACUAUAUUAUAC